AUGUUUAUGAUAAAAUUCCAUUUAAAAUAAAUAUAUAUUUUUUAGAUUACUUUACUAUUUUAUUCUAUCAAGUACAUUAUAGGAAUUAAAAGCAAUGAUAUAUAAAGUAUAGCAAGUUCAAUAAAACAGCUACUGUAAAAUAAUUAGCUGUUGUCAUCAAAAAAUAAAAAAAGUCUUCUAGCUUUUUAAUUUGAUUACUAUUAUUAGGUGAUGUUUUUGUUGUUAACGGAGUUAUUUUAUUAAUUUUCUGAUAUAGAAUCAUCAUUUGUGUGUUUUGAAUCAUGUAUAAUCGGUAUAAUAUUAUAGUAUCUAUUUAAUUAUAAAUAGUAAUCUUUGAAAAAUUAAGGAAAUGUAUCAGAAAGUUGUAGCAGAUCUCCUAUACAUUACAUGUUUUAGACAUGCUACCAAGUUAUCAUUUUAAUUUCUGGAAUAAAAAGAGAAACAAAUACUGCACUACCAAUCGAUGUAGCAGCCAUUACAUUCUACAAAGAUUUUAUUUAUUUUGCUCUUAAAAUCUCGUCUUAACAUUAGAAAUAAUCAUCAGACAAACCUUUUAGAUUAAAAAAUUCAAUUUAAUAUUUUCUUUAAAAAAUUUGUGUUUAAAAAAUAUUUAUUUCUAACCUAAUAAUCUCUGAAUUUACCAAAAUUAAAAAAAAAUUAAAUCUAUCUAAAACAAAUUAUUGA